CUUGACGCUCAUUCGCAACGUUCGUCUCAGUACGGUUGGAUGUACCUUUCGAGAAGCUAAUAACACUCAAUUCGCGUACUACCACUAGUUGAUAUAUUCACAACUGGUUUUACUAUGGUGAAUUGCACGGCGAAGUUAUAACUUAAAACAAAGGUCUACGAUAGCAUUGAAUAGAAUGUGCUUUUGAAGACAUGGUGAACAAAGUGAGAGCGGCUCUUAUCCAUCUUUUGUGACAAACGUGACCCGAUAUUGUAAUACGAUAUUUCAUUCAGCUUUAGAAGCCAUAUAAAAAACGACAGUGCUCUAUAACUAUAGACUAAAGUGUGUGGCCAAGUAGAGUGUUCAUUCAAUCGUGUCCCUAGCAAAUACAUUAACUUGAAUGUUCUAAGAGCAAAUCGUGUAACAUAUUGUGUACCUUUCAAUAUAGUGAGCAUUCAGUAAAGGGCGCCAAAUCGGAGUCGAUCGAAAAUGGAUAUCUACUACAUGAGUGACAGCAUCCAGUAUGGAUCCUUGAGGAACCCACUGUACCGGGAUUACGAAAAGUUCCCCUACGGAACGCUGGAGAACCCACUGAAUAGCCCCUCGAAAUCCACCAGCAAUUCGCAGCAAAUCAAACGAAGCAACGAAGGCAGCUACUUGGCAGCACAAGGCAAAUCCAAGGGUGGCAAAUCGAGUAAGGAUUCGUGCCCUUUCUGCAAGGAACAGAAGAAGCGACCCCUGGGAGCUUACAUGCGUAAACGGGGCCAACGUAUUCAUAACGAGAGCAUUUCCGAGGACACCGAGGAAUGCGACGAGAUCCGGGAGGAAGACGAGGAGAACCCGGAAGAGUGCCCCGGAAGUGGUUCGGAGUAUGGCGGCAGCCCAAGCGAUGGCGGCAUGAUCCCGCACCACGAUGGUCAUCAUCACCAUCACAACAAGCUGGGCAAAACGGCUGGCCCCGGUCAGUACUCCCGGCAGGAAUCGCAGGAAAGCGAUGGCAAAUGAACGCCCCUAAUCGAUUCUUAUCUUCAUUUUUACAACAGUGAAUAUCGGUAGCGCUAAUCAUAGCUUUAGUUUGUCUAAAAGGAACCAUCUAAUGGAAAUGAGACACGCUCAACACUAAUUAGUGAAUGUAAUUUGAUUCCAUUCUUCAAUUGAAUCCAAAAGAAAACCAUGCUUCACGGCUUAAACUGUCACAAAAGUAUAGCGACAGAUAUUCAUCAUCGAUUUUAGGACUGGAAUUUGUAUUGUAUCUAUUGUGUAGUUAAACGUUUCCAGCAAAGUAAAAUCGAUAUAUUUUUAAUUGGAUUUAUUAAAAAAAUUACUGCUUUAGUUUGCUCAUUUACCGAGUAAAACUAUACCACAAAUAACGCUACUAAGCUGUUUACUUUAAAAUGAGGACAAGACUGACCAUUCGAAGAAAGUUUAAAAAACAGAAAACUAAACCAACAAAUAGUAAAACAACUAAAAAAUUAGAGAUUUUUCAAAUGUGGAAUAAACACUGCUUAAGGCAUUUUUUUUAUAUAACGACGAUAUAAUCUUCUUAAAACCCGUUUGUAGAAAGAAAAAACUUUCACAAGUGGAAUAAAAUAAAUGAAACAAAAACAUUGUUAGAGGUUUCGAUACCCGGUAUUGUUAUGAAUAAUUAUAUUAAAAAUAAAUUUACCUACCUACCUACUUAACUGUAAGAUUUAAUGUUUAGACGACAGCAUGUCGUAUCCCAACUUUAAGAAAACAAACUUGCCGAAGGAAAACAUUUAUUUUUGAUUGUUUACUUUAUCAAUAAAAUAUAUGUAUGUAAAAAACUAG